UAUUAAGAGUGAACUAACGCAUUCCUUACGCGUGUAAAUUUUGUCUUAAGUUGCCAUCCAUACAUAUUUAGAUCAUUCCUAUUUAUAGAAAAUUGUUAUUUAACUGAUUGAAUAUUUAUCCACCUGAUUUACCUUGUUUAUCGGCGAACUUCAGAAACAUGGAUUUCUUAGGGAUCGCAACAAUUCCAGGAUGGCUGCUCACGAUCUUAUUAUUCUUCAUGACAAUGUGUUUGUACUCCUUAUACUGCCAAACAACUUUCUGGAGGCUUGGUAUUCCUGGGCCUAGGCCAACUUUAUUCUUAGGAAAUAUUAUGGAAUUUGUAAAAAAGGGUGUGCUUCAAUCAGACCUUGACAAUUUGCAGAAACACGGAAAGAUAUUCGGGAACUAUGCUGGAAAUUUGGCUUCAUUGACUAUCUGUGAUGUUGAUAUCAUAAAACAAAUUUGCAUCAAAGAUUUCUCAAAAUUUCCAAAUAGGAUAGCUAAAGGUGAUAACACUGAUCCCUAUAUGAAGGAUGCUAUUUCACUUGCACGUGACGAACACUGGAAGUUUUUAAGAUCAUCCAUUUCUCCUACCUUUUCCUCCGGAAAAAUGAGACAGAUGAUGCCAUUGCUUCAAAAAUGUGUGAAUGACAUGGUUGAAAAACUGAAGAAGGAUACCGAAAAUGGAGAAGUAGUCGAUGUGUGCAAGUACUGUGGUUCGUUUUCAAUGGAUGUAAUAGCCAGUACAGCUUUUGGUAUGGACGUAGAUGCCCAAAACGAUCCAGAUAACUCGUUUAUUAAGAAUGCCAAGAAAGCUUUUUCCUCUGGACUGAAAAAUCCUAUGUUAUUGUUUGUUCUUUUUUUCCCUUUCCUGAGAAAUAUACUUUCCUACUUUAAAUUAUCAACUUUAAGCAAAGAAAUGGCGACUUUUUUUCACUCUGCUGUGAACACUGCUUUUGAAGAAAGAAAGUCAGAAAGCACGAAAAGACAUGACUUAUUGGGACUAAUGUUAAACGCACAUACCGACAAAGAAAAAAGUGAGGAAAAUAUAGAAUUGUCAUCUUCAACGAUAAAGAAUUUCCCGAAAAGACCCCUUACAACCAACGAAAUAUUAGCAAAUAGUCUUACAUUCUUUUUGGCUGGAUAUGAAACCACUGCGAAUGCGUUAUCCUUUGUCCUAUAUUGCUUAGCUUUAUAUCCAGAUUAUGCUGACAAGGUUCGACAUGAAGUUGAUGAUAACAUUGGAAAGGAGAAACCAACAUAUGACAAAGUCUCAAAGCUUCAGUAUUUAGAUAUGUUUGUUUGCGAGGUCCUUCGACUAUAUGGUCCGGCUGCAAGAUUUAAUCGAACAGCAGAAGACGAUGUAGAAAUUGGUGGAUAUAAAAUACCGAAGGGAACUGAUAUACAAUUUGCAAUAGGUGUCAUUCAUAGAGAUCCAGAGUUUUGGCCUGAACCAGAGGUUUUUGAUCCAGAGAGGUUCACGUCCGAAAACAAGGAGAAACGUCACCCAUAUGCUUGGUUACCAUUUGGUGUUGGUCCUCGUAACUGUGUUGGUAUGAGACUAGCACUUACAGAACUCAAAAUGGCUGCUGUUACCAUAGUUCAAAACUUUACCGUUGUAAGAUGCGAUGAAACUGAGGUUCCAAUUACAUUUGAUAAAGGGGGAUUUAUUAAAGCACAGAAUGGCAUUAAACUGAGACUGACAAAGAAAUAGAUAGAUAUGUACUAGUAUCUGUAAAUAGUCACACUGUGUUUGAGAAGAGAUAGACGGAUUCUUGUUUGUAAACAGUCACAGUGUGUUGAGAAAAAAUAGAUUGAUAUUUUUCGUAAUGAUAACAGUGUGUUGGAGAAUAGAUAGACUGAUAUUUGGAAAUGGUGCAGUGUUUUUGGAUGGGAGAUAGACUGAUAUUUGGAAAUGGUGCAGUGUUUUGGGAUGGGAGAUAGACUGAUAUUUGUAAAUGUUUACAGUGUGUUCAAGACAAAUAUGUCUCAUGUUUCAAUUAUACUGGAAACGUUUACAAUUUUAUUUCGCUUGUGACAAAUGAAUUUUUUUAU